GGCUGGUGUUCAUAAUAAUAAUAAUCAUAUGCCCCUUCAUUGUUUACUAUUCACAGAAUUGCCACCAAUGGGCGCUUAAACAAGAACAGUGAAUCCAAAACCAGAUCAGCAACGAUGAAACUGGCAAGCUCCCUUUUCUACUUCACCGUAAUUAUAUCACUUACCAUGCCUAUUAUUUUGGUCAUUCCUGUUCGGGUAGGCCCAUAUUCCACAGACCCGGCAUGUAACAAACCCGAUCCACGAAACUUGAGAUCCGAUCAAAUGACAGUGAUCAUCAACGGCUACUCGGAAAACCGCAUCCCACUUAUUCAAUCAAUCGCCGCCGCAUACUCCGUCUCCCCGUCGAUCGCCACCGUCAUUCUCCUCUGGUGCAACUCCUCCACUCCGCCUCAAACCCUUUCCUUCCUCGCCCAAAACCUCUCCGCCGCCAUCCUCCGCCCGCCCUCCUCCAGCCUGAACCACCGAUUCUACCCCUGGGAUAUUAUCAAAACACGGGCCGUCCUCAUCUCUGACGACGACAUUGAACCUAAUCAGAAUUCCAUUUCCUUCGCCUUCACCGCCUGGAAAUCAAACCCGGAUCGUAUAAUUGGGUUUUUCGCAAGAUCCCACGCUUAUGACUUGCAAUCCAAAUCAUGGAUUUACACCAUGGAGAAAGAAAAAUACUCGAUCAUACUAACCAAGUUCAUGAUCAUUGAUCGUACCCACCUCCAAACAUACACAUGCGAUGACAAGUACAUUAAAACCCGGCACAUCGUGGAUGAAAUGAACAAUUGCGAGGACAUUUUGAUGAACUUCGUGGUGGCGGAAAAUGCGAACAAGGGCCCAUUGUUGGUGGAAGCAAAAGGGGGUGUAAGAGACUACGGAGAUGCCAGAAACGACGACGGAUUGCGAGUGAGCGAGGUGGGGUUAAGCAGUAGGAUAGGCGAGCAUAGAAAACGUAGAGGAGAAUGUAUAACAGAGUUUCAUAGAUUGCUGGGAAGAAUGCCACUGAGGUAUAGUUAUGGAAUGGUGGUGAAUUCAGUAGGGGAACAGGGAUUGUGUGUGAAAGGUAAGAAGCGGGUGCCUUGUGAUCAACAGAUUUUUUAACAGAUUUUGGAGAACUGUCAAACCAACCAUAAAGUCGAGCUUGGUUUCAUAAUAGGAUCGUUAUGCUCAUGAACAGAUCAAGAACUGUCUGAGUCGGUCGAAGACUGCUUAGUUAUUCAAAGGAUUAUAAUUUGUAUUAUAUUACCAAAUUGUAACCCUUUUUUCCCUAAUAUUGAGAGAUUCUUAUUCGAACAAUGCUCAGUGUAAUCACAAACAAUCCUCGGAUAAUGUUGUCAUGUUUUGAUACGUUGAAUUGAAUUGUAAAGUUUCAUUCUCAAGCA